AUGGCCGAUCUGAAACCUCCUCGCAAUAUCUACAUCGUGGGUGCUCAAAAUACCGGCAAAACGACACUUGUGAAUGCCCUCGAGGCUACCUUCGCCAAGAACACUUCAGUACCGCAACCCCGAAUUAUCAAAGAAGUCGCACGAAACGUCUUGAUAAAACACAACUUCACAGCCCAAGAUAUCACAACAUCACCAUCACGAGCUUUUCAAUUACAGGAACUCAUUCUGAAGGCUCAAUUCGAGGCUGAACAAGAAGUGUUAGAGCGUGGGGGAUGGUUUAUUUCAGAUAGAUCGGCAGUCGAUCCCAUCGUUUAUGCUCACAAGUAUGUGAGCGAGGUAGCAUCAUUGCAGUUGAGGCAAUCUACAGAGUGGUUGCAGUUGGAGGAACGGAUGAAGAAUUCUCUCGUUAUUGUUUGUCAAGCUGGUGCGGAUUGGCUCUUGGAUGACGGAGUUCGGCUGAUGCCAGAGAAUCGGGAAGCUUGGAUUCAGUUCGAUCGAAUAUUUUGUAGCUGUCUGGAUGAGUGGGGAUUGGAGUAUGAUGUGGUACCCUUUACCUUGACUGAUAUUGAUGAAAGAGUUGAGUUUGUAUUGAAGCGUUGGAGGUUGAGAGGAGAGAAGGAAACAGUGUAG